AUGAAAUCAUCAGAUAAAACCUUUGAUAUAGAUUCUUUUGAAUGGAUAUGUUUCGAUGGAGUGACCAUGUAUUUAUUUUAUACAGCUGGAGUGCUUUAUUAUUUUAAAACAAAUGAUUUUAAAAACUAUGAAUCAUUUACUCCAUCUGUUUUGAAUCCUGAUACACGAAAGCCAAUCAUUAAUCCAAGAAUUUUAUAUGUUGAAUAUAAUAAUGGUAAAUUUAUGGGAAUGAUAACGGUUGGAGAUGAUUUUUACCCUUGUUAUUCAUUCGAUUGUAUCCAAUGGUUCAAAUGUAAUUUAAAUCAAGAUGCUAAAUUUAAAUAUCCAAAUAAUCCUAUUAGAUGCGUUAAUAAUAAAUGGGUACUAAUUUAUGAAGUCAAUCAAAUUUUCAUUAGUGAGGAUGGAAUAAAUUAUUAUAUGUUUAGUAUGAUGUCAUCAGAUUUGGAAAUUGAUUAUACAAGUAAGUGGUAUUACAUUAACAACAUGUAUUUUAUCCUACAAAAUGAUAAAAUUUAUAGAUCAUCUUCAAUACCACAAGGUCAAUUUGAACAAAUUUUUCAAGCUGAUGGAGACAUUGAAGCUUUAUGUUAUGGAUCAAAUGUUUGUGUUCUCGUUUCAGGUGAAAUGGUCUAUUCAUAUCCUGUAAGUUAUAACAGACAUAUUUAUUUAUCACAAGAUUUUUCACAGGAUCCAGAGAAAACACCAAAUUGGGAAUUGGUUUAUUCAUUCACUCCAAAACUUACUCGAAAUUAUAGAUUUACUAAUUUAUUUUAUAUUGAUGGGUAUUUCAUUGCUUUAGGAUGUGGUGAUUUAGUAAACAUCAGUAGUGAUGGAAGAAACUGGUCUGAAAUCACAAAAUUUCAAGAUGUUAGAAAAGCAAUUUUCAAAAAUAAUACGUUAAUAUUGAUAACAAGACCAGUUUUAAUUUCUUACCCAAAUUCAAUAUUAUAUAAUAAAUUCAAUAUUCAUAAUGGAUUAAAUACAAUUCUUGAGAUGAUUUACCCCAUUGGUUCUUUAUAUACGUCAAUGAACUCAACAAAUCCAGAAACGGUUUUAGGUUUUGGUACGUGGGAACAGAUUGUAGACAAAUUCUUAUACUGUGCUAACUCUUCAAAGCAAACAGGGGGUUCGAAGAAAAUUAAAGAAGCAAACCUUCCACCGCACACUCAUACGGGAACUACAAACACAACAGGUAAUCAUUCACAUUCAAUAACAAAAAGAGGUUAUAGAAAUCUUGCAGCAGGUUCGGAUAGACAGGGAAUGGAUAGAUAUGAUAUUUCAAGCGACCCAGUAGAUUCAAGCGCAGGUAUUUUCUGUGGAACCACAGGAAAUCAUUCACACACUUUCACAACAAAUCCAACAGGCUCGGGUGAAGAUUAUAUGCCACCAUUUAUGACUGUAUUCGCAUGGUAUAGAGUUCAAUGA